AGCGGCCUAUGAACACGUACCACAUGGAAUAGCUGAGAAGCCGGAGGGGGGCAGGGCUGGGUAUCUUGGCAACACCCGGGUGCCUCCUCCCCUCCUGCCAGCCCUGGCAUCGUGUCCUGGGCUCCCUGUGUCUUCCUGCACCCCAUGAACCGGUCCCUAAAGCGGGGAGGAUAGUCACAGCCACCAUGGACGUAUUUGGGGAUCUGAGGAGAAUGAAUAAGAGGCAGUUGUACUAUCAAGUACUGAACUUUGCCAUGAUAGUAUCAUCGGCUCUCAUGAUAUGGAAAGGCCUAAUAGUGGUGACUGGAAGUGAGAGUCCGAUCGUCGUGGUGUUAAGUGGCAGCAUGGAGCCAGCAUUCCACAGGGGAGAUCUACUGUUCCUUACAAACUUCCAUGAAGAUCCAAUCCGAGCUGGAGAAAUAGUGGUGUUUAAAGUGGAGGGCAGGGAUAUUCCGAUAGUGCACAGAGUAAUCAAAGUUCAUGAAAAAGAAAAUGGCGAUAUAAAAUUUUUGACUAAAGGAGAUAACAAUGAAGUGGAUGAUCGAGGCUUGUAUAAGGAAGGCCAGAAUUGGCUUGAAAAGAAGGAUGUAGUAGGAAGAGCACGUGGAUUUUUGCCGUAUGUUGGGAUGGUUACUAUUGUGAUGAAUGAUUAUCCAAAAUUUAAGUAUGCGGUUUUGGCGAUUAUGGGCGCUUUUGUACUUUUAAAACGUGAAUCCUAAAAUUGGAAGAAAAUCCUGCCAGAAUGAAAAAAGUCACUGAAACUAAUAUAUUCUGUUAUUGUUUAAUAUUUUAUUUCUCUAAAAAAAAAAUAACACAAACAUGUGAAGUCUCUUUGGCCUGUACAAAUACAAGUUCUCCUUGAAGUCACUGUUUUUCUAUUUGAGACCUAAUAAAAUGCUGAAAUAAUA